GCGUGCUCCGAGUAUUGAACAAGCGCUCGCUGGCGUCACCCUUGUAGUAAAUUUAGACCUCCUCUUCCUUUUUAUUUUGUCUCUUUGGAUUUAAUAACACCAUAUAAAAUGAAUAACCUAAUGUGGACGGCGGGACGGUGUUUGCGGUCCGGAUCAGCGGCCUUUUUCCUCUCCAGACCGGUGGACGGGGGAGUGCGCUUGGCCUCGGCUCGGCUCCUGUGCGCGGCUAGUUCAGACAUUCAGAAAGACCUUGGUGAAAUGGUGAAGAAGGACAAAGUUGUGGUGUUUAUGAAGGGGACACCGGCUCAACCCAUGUGUGGUUUUAGCAAUGCCGUGGUACAGAUCCUACGAAUGCACGGGGUGGACAGUUACGCAGCCUACAACGUUUUGGAAGACCAGGAUCUGAGACAGGGCAUCAAGGUGUUUUCCAAUUGGCCCACAAUCCCUCAGGUUUACUUCAACGGCGAGUUUGUUGGAGGCUGUGACAUCCUUCUCCAAAUGCACCAAAAUGGAGAUCUAGUGGAGGAGCUGAAGAAGCUAGGCAUUAGCUCUGCUUUAGUAGACGCCGAGAAGGAAUCAAAGUAAAGGCACAAUAAGAGACAUUUGAGGAAACAGAGACACAAGGACAUUGAGGGGUGAUAAUCCUGUUCACAUCACAAAACAGGUAAACAUUAUAAUGAGAUGACACAACAUUAAAUUUAGGUGAUGGCAGAUUGUUGAUUUUGAGGUCUAGAUGGAGUGAUAAUAUAUAGGGAUAAUGGAUCUUGUUACAGAACUUCAACCUAUAAUUUUAGUAUUUGUUUUUUUCAAUAUUUCAUAUGAACUUGCCGCAUAAUCGAUAGAGGCUACAAGAAUACUGCCUUUCUCCCCCAUCCAAAAGCGUAACAUCACCUAGAAUCUGAAAACAAGCUAUAUUUUGUGACAUUAAUGGUCUUUGUUAAUUGUGUGUGUUAUUAAAGGAAUAGUCCUGUAUUUUUCAAUACUUGUGCGUGGAAUCAGCUAAAAAGCCCCAAUUUUGACAGCUUUUAAGUCACACUUGCAUUGACAGAAAUAUUAACCUAAAAUAGUGGUUUCUGUGGCCUCAUAACUGACAAUAAUUCUAUACUAUAUUUUUAAUGUUUACAGAAUUUCUAACAUAAUUCUUCACUCACCUUAUUUAAGAUAUAUUUUUUUAUAUAUUCAAAGGUGCAGGUUAUUAAAAUCAUUCUUUACAUUGUCAGUCAGGUUAGCCUUGUCUACAUAAUUUUAAGUCUUUGCCUUGUUCACUGUAUCUACUUCAAAACCAAAGGACUACAACCACAACUUCAACUAUAUUACUUAACCACUACACAAUAAUGUUUAUACCUACAUCCAAAUGUGUCCCUGUUGUAAGAGUACACCUCCCAGAAUACAAAUGGACAUAUUUUUUUAGAACACAUAAAAACUGAUUCUGCUGUACAGUUGUAUUAUUAUGUAGUACACUGUAAACUAUUGUACAUGUAAAGUCUAUUAUCAAAUGUAUUUUAGUUGCACGUAAAAAACCUGGGCACUAUUAAAUAUUUUGACACAAAA